CAUUGCACUGUUUGGCUUCAACUCAGAUCGAUUCCUCUAGAUCAGAGCACUGUUUUCUUAAAUGAAGCGACAAACAGAAGAUUGGUGAAAUAAAGGAAACAAGAGCACAGACUGAACAAAUCCAACGCAGUUGUGACCACACAGCAACAAUCAAGGUAGACUGAAGCAAGGGUACCUCAGUUUCUUUCCAUUAAUUUUUUUUCUAAAAAUGGAAUACACAUCAGAUCAGCUGAACUUCUUCAGGCUGUCUUAUAUCGUGUUCGACAUCGUACCUGAAGUUUUACGAAAGAUUUUCAAGCAAGAAUGGGAUGCCUUAUACAAAGGUACGCCUGGUCAGUGGGAUGACACGCCUUCCAGUUAUACUGCAUUUUAUAACAUGGAGUCAGCUAAGAAUCAGYCAAGAAACAAACGCCUUCUUGGACUGAUGUCCAGUGGAGACAGAAACAACUGGGAUUGUACUUGUCUAUUUUAUGCCAUACUUUACUCAGACAGUGUMAGGCCGACAUUAACACCAGUGGUCAGUAAUAGCGUUGAUGAAAUCCGAGAAAUUCGCAAUGAAAUGGCACARAACAAAACGGGAAAGAUGAGCAAAGCUGAGUUUCAAAAGUCCAUACAAAAGAUCAAGAUAGCGUUCUCAUCUUUAAAGAUUGAUGUCACAAGAAUUGAAGAAAUCGAAAACCAGACGUGUUUCCCUACAGAAGACCUUGCUAGAAUUCAAAAAGAGUUAGAAGAGGAAAAGAAGCGCAACGCAGAACCAAACUCUUUUUGUAUAUUGCCUCCGCACCCCUCCCAUGAGACAAUAUACAGAAAGAAAGACGNGGGUGAUACCAUGAACAACUUAGGAGCUGCAUAUAAGGAAGUAGGUCGACUGGAGGAAUCAAUAACAUAUUACGAGAAAGCCCUUGCAAUCAAAACAGCUGUGUACGGUGAAAACCAUCCAUCUGUGGCUGCUACCAUGAACAACUUAGGCAUUACAUACAAGAAACUAGGUCGAAUUGGUGAGGCCAGAAGCAGCUACCAGCAAGCUCUGAUCAUCUACAGGCGCUUCUAUGAUGACGAUCAUCCAAAUAUUUCUCGAACUGAGAAGAAUCUCAGUAUUCUUGAUUCUUCUCUCAGCUACAAAAGAAAUCAAGGAAAGCAGACAAAAUGUGUUAUAGUAUAA